AUGACGAAGCCGGAGCCACCAGAGCAGCAGCUACAGCUCAGGGUGAAGGUGCUUGAUGAGAUGCAGCUCGGUCCUGGGCACUCUCGGUCUCCAGCAGUGAUGCUCUACGCUGGCUUGCUGAACCACGGUGGCUUUGACCCCCAGCUCUCAAGCAGUGGGCAGGUGGGACAGUCUCAGGAGGACUUUGGCCCCCAGGGGUCCCUGGUGCUAUCCCAGGAGGGGGAGUUCCAGGAGCAGGCUUUUUCCCAGGACUCGGGGCUGGAGCAAAACCUCCCAAACCAGGGGUCGGAGGCCUCGGGGGACUCGGCCCACUUGGCCUGCAGCCAGGUGCUGCAGGUCUUUUCCCUGGAGGCGCCUACCCCGGGGGUGUCUUCCCAGGUGCUCCCUCUGCCGCUGCGCUCAAGGCUGCUGCAAAAGCUGGCGCUGGCAUUGGUGGCAUGGGUGGAGUUGGUGGUCCUGGUGGGCUUGGGGUCUCUGCAGGUGCGGUGGUGCCGGGCGGGGUGCAGCCCGGGGUUGGUGCGGCAGGGAAACCCCCCAAAGUACCAGGCGCUGGGAUUCCUGGAGUUUUCCCGGGUGGCGUGCUUCCUGGCGCAGGGGUGCUACCCGGAGUACCCACUGGUGCUGGAGUCAAGCCGAAAGGUCCAGGAGCAGGAGCCUUCGCAGGAAUCCCUGAAGAUGCCUCAGGGCUCCCCAAGCCACCCGCUCUCCUCUCUCGGGGUGCCCCGCGGCACUCCCCUCUCGCAAGGACUGGUGGCAGCCUGGGCGCGGGCUCCAGGUGGCUAUGGAUUGCCCUACAGCACUGGUAAGCUGCCCUACGGCUUCGGGCCCGGCGGGAUAGGAGCCGGCAUCGGGGCAGGAGGAAAGGCAGGGUACCCCACUGGGACAGGAGUUGGAGCACAGGCGGCAGCAGCGAAAGCAGCAGCGAAAUAUGGUGAGCCACCCUCUGAGCCGGUGUCCUGCCCGGGGCUGGUGUCGUCCCGGGAGUUGGCGGAGUGGUACCCGGCGUCGGCGUUGUCCCAGGAGUCGGAGUUGGAGGGCCGGCAGCAGCGGCAGCAGCGGCAAAGGCAGCGGCGAAGGCAGGAGGUUUUGGUCCAGGCCUUGUGCCUGGGGUUGGCGGCGUCCCAGGCCUCGUGCCCGGCGUUGGUGGUGUCCCCGGCUUGGUGCCUGGUGUCGGAGGUGUCCCCGGGGUGGCAGGAAUUGGGACGCCGGCAGCAGCAGCGGCAGCAGCAAAGGCAGCUAAGUACGGUACGUGCCGCGCAGUGCAAGGAGCUCCCCAGCAGCUCCCUGGGAGCUGGCAUCGGCGUUCCUGGCAUUGGUGGUGUCCCCGGUGUCCCUGGUGUCCCUGGAGCAGGGCGUGUGCCCGGCGUCGGCGUGCCUGGCGUCGGCGUGCCCGGCGUGGGUGUGCCUGGAGUUGGUGUGCCUGGUGUCGGCGUGCCCGGUCUGGUGCCCGGUCCAGCGGCUGCCGCUGCUGCCAAAGCAGCCGCCAAAGCAGCAAAGUACGGUAAGCCAGGAUCUCUCUGGGGAGCAGGUGGCCUGGCUCCUGGCGUGGGUGGCCUGGCUCCUGGCGUGGGUGCCCUGGCUCCCGGUGUAGGUGCCCUGGCUCCUGGAGUGGGUGGUCUGGCCCCUGGCAUUGGAGGUGUCCCAGGGGUCGGAGGUCCAGCCGCAGCAGCAAAAGCAGCAGCAAAGGCAGCCAAAUUCGGUGCUGGGGUUGGAGGGGUGCCAGGUGGGGUGCCCGGUGUCGCCGGAGUGCCGGGAGUGACGCCCGGCGUUGGCGUUGUGCCCGGGUUGGUGCCGGGCGUGGGGGUACCCGGUACUGGCAUCCUUCCUGGGGCAGGCAUCCCUCAAGUAGGGGUGCAGCCUGGUGCUAAACCUCCCAAAUUCGGUGUUCCGGGGGCUGGAGUCCCAGGGGUCGGCGGCAUCCCAGGUGGCCUCGGAGUCGGUGGCCUCGGAGUCGGUGGCCUCGGAGUCGGUGGACUUGGUGCUGGGGCUGGAGUUCCCGGCUUCGGCGUGUCACCGAUAUUUCCAGGUGGAGUCGCCGGCCAGCUGGGAUUUGGUGUGAAGCCCCCCAAGACCUUCGGAGGAGCCCUCGGUGCCCUGGGCUUUAGAGGCGGCGUGGGCUGCGCACAAGGGAAGUACUGCGGGAGGAAGCGGAAGUAA